AUGGAGGAUCUCCUGAUCGGAGUUCAGCUAUCUCCGGCGAUGGCCGGGCAACUCAUCAUUUGCGCCUAUGGCCUUACAGCAAUGCACAGCUGGACCCACCGCACCGUGAAAAUGACCAGUGGCUUCGUAGGUGAAUGCCAAUUCUAUGGCCGGUUGCUCUCGAAGUUCAUGUUUGGUGUGAAAGCCGUCAGUGAGGCAGCCGAAAAGCAUGUCCAUCAGCGUCGGCGCACCUCUCUGCAGGAGAUUGCCAGCUUGUGGUCCUUGGUACUGGAUCUCUUUAUGUUGGUUCUCUUCGUAGUCCAGGCAACUGGAGUUGCACCACCCAUGGUGCACAGCAUUUCAUUCUACGUCACCGUCUCCAUCGGAUCCACUGUGAUGAGGAGGAUGGGAGAUCCAUCAGUGGACUUGACACCUGGACGCUUGAACCGAGAUAUGACGAUCAUGAGUUUGCUGGUUUUCGGAGCCACUCUCGGCAUGCCCCGCGAGCUCAUGCCUGCCUGCUACAUGGCACGAACUCUAUGCUUCACCUUCACCAACAGCCAGUUCAGCAACAAGGUGAACAUCAUGCUGGCACCCUUCUAUGUGAUGUCACAUUGGCUCAACUUCGAGCCAGGUGCGCCGACCGAGAAGCUUUUGUUUUCCAUGAUCGGUGAGGUGGUGGCUGUCUCGCUCAUGAUUUUAGUCGUCACCAACCUGGACACCAAGGAGCUGGGAUGA